AUGGCUGGUAUUCACAAAAUUGCUGAUAUCAAUCCUACAAUCGACAAUUUGUGUGUACGUAUACGAGUGAUACGGUUAUGGACACUACCAAGUUACGGAAAUUCUCCAUUGCCAUACUCAAUUGAGAUGGUUUGGCUCGAUGAAGACGGAGGAAAAAUACACGCCUCAGUUAAGAAGGCUUUUGUGUCUCGAUUCGUGAAUUUGCUGGAGGAAGGAAUAUCUUACCAAAUAAGAUAUUUUGGUGUUGGACUCAAUAAGGGUUACUUCAAGACUACACAUCAUGAAUACGUGGUUAAUUUAAACCAACGUACUGAUGUGCACAGACUUCCAGAAUCGUCGAAUGUUGUUGGAUAUCUUGCUGGAAUUGGGAAUGAGAAGACUCUUGAAAAGGAUGGCAAAUCUACCAAAUAUACUGUUAUCGAAUUAGAGAUUGAUGAUGGAAAAAUAAUGGAGUGUGCACUUUUUGACAACUAUGCACAUGAAUUAAAUGCUUUUUUGGGAUCUGGCAAUAAGGAUGGAGCUGUUGUCGUCUUACAGUUUGUUAGAGUGAAGUUAUUUAACGAAAAGAUUGUUUUACAAAAUUCCAUGUAUAGCACAAAGAUGUUCUUCAAUCUUGAAGAUACAACUGUCAUCCAAUUUAAAAAUAGCUUUGUAAGAUUUGAAGAAUCUAGAGGUAACAUCGGCGGAAUUCCAAAUGAGGCUGCAUUCUUAAAAAUUUAUCAAGGCAAAACCAUCGAGCAGUUAAAAGAAUUCGAAACGAAUUCUAUUUGUAUUGUCUUGGCUACUAUAAGUCAUAUUAUGGAUACUCCAGACUGGUGGUACGGCCAAUGUGAAUGCAACAGAUAUCGAAUAAAGCUUGGUGUCAUUGAUGAUUCUGACUGUGCAUGUUUUGUAGUCUUUGACAAGGAGGCAAAACAAGUUUUGGGAAAGAGCUGUGUAGAGAUACUUGAUCCACUCCUAUUGGAUGUUGACUACACCGGUGGUUUGCUUCCAAUUUCAAAGACAUCCUCAAUCAUUGAAGGGGAGAAAGUAGAAGGUGCUAAGAAUUUGUUGCUUGAAUUCUCCAAUGAAGUUGCUGCCAAUGAUGAAUCCGAAUUGUUGGAAAAUGCUAUUACACCAACUAAGCGAUUAUCCUCGGAGUCGGAAGAAUCGAAGGUAGAAGGUGAUACCUCAACUUCCAAGAAGAUCAAGAUUGAGAAAGAAACUUGA